UCUCUUCAAGAGACGGCAUUCGGUAAUAGAUAUUGGAGCCUCAGCUAGGUUACUUGUUAGUGGCGCAUGGCAUUUGAUCGCAUCUCCAACUUCGAAGGAGUGUAUGCAAAUCUGCACACUCCGGCAGUCAUUGUUGGCGGAGUUUGCGUUCUUAUUGCAUUGGUGCUGUCAACAAUACUCAUCCUGCAACACCUGCAAUCGUAUUCAAAACCUGCAGAACAGAAAUGGAUCAUUGGUAUCUUGUUCAUGGUUCCUGUAUAUGCCACUGAAUCUAUAAUAUCACUUUGGAAUUCUAGGUUUUCAAUAGUUUGUGACAUCUUGAGGAAUUGCUAUGAAGCCUUUGCCUUGUAUUCUUUCUGGCACUACUUGGUUGCAUGUCUUGGUGGUGGAAAAAGGGUGGUUGAACUACUCGACAAUGCAGCUAGAAAAGAGAUUUCUGAGAAACUACUUGAGGAAGAAGAUAAAGAAGCUCAGCACCAGCAUUCACUUGGUGAUUUUGUGUUUCGCCCAACUUUGGAUGGCAAAUAUUUAUACACAAUAGCAAAGUUUGGUGUUGUUCAAUAUAUGAUACUGAAGACUCUGUGCGCCUUCUUGGCAUUGCUUCUGGAGAUUUUCGGAGCAUAUGGAGAUGGAGAAUUCAAGUGGUACUAUGGGUACCCAUACAUUGCAAUCGUAAUCAAUUUUAGCCAGAUGUGGGCUCUUUACUGCCUCAUCAAGUUCUACAAUGUCACACAUCAUAGAUUGCAAGCUAUUAAACCAUUGUCAAAGUUCAUAAGCUUUAAAGCCAUUGUGUUUGCGACUUGGUGGCAAGGGAUCGGCAUAGCUUUGAUAUGUGACUUCGACAUUCUGCCAAAGCAAGGAAAAGUUCAAAAUGGUAUCCAGGAUUUUCUUAUUUGUGUUGAAAUGGCCAUCGCAGCAGUUGCCCAUGUAUUUGUUUUCUCUGCAGAAACUUACAAAUACCUGCCAGUUUCUGAACAUUGCAGAUUCGCAUCUGUAGAUUCUAAGACUGAAGUUACGUUAGAUAAGAAUGGAUCAUCUGCAGCUGAGCAGAAGGAAGCACAGGCUGUAUCUCCUCGAACACGAAUCGCCGAGAGUGUUCAGGACGUUGUUCUAGGAGGCGGUGAGCAUGUGGUGAAGGAUGUAGCAUCAAUCAUAUCGCAAGCAAUGGAACCAGUAGAGAAGAGUGUCAACAAGAUACAAGAGUCCUUACAUCACAUUUCGUUGCGAUCUCCCACACGAAAGGAAGCCGAAAUUAAAGCAAAUGUUCAUGUUACAGAGAACGUCGUGGGGGAGAAGUCGAUCGUCGACACAGAGAUAAAAGUUGAAUGUGCGACAUGCUCGCUAGAUUACAGACUGUAGAUGCCUUUUUCAUGAUUUUCCCUUCUUUAAAA